GCGGUGGCUCAAGCGGCUGGGGCCGGCGCGGCGGCUCGAUGUAGAUCGGCGGCGGCGGUUGGAGCUUGCAGGGGGCGGAUCCGUGCGCUGCAGGAGCUGGGGAGGCGGAUCCGGAGGCCGGCGGCAAGGUGGGGUCACCAGGGACGACGAGGAUGGACGGAGCACAGAUUCCCUGGCGGAUCCAUGGAGUCUGCGGCUCCUGGGCAGGAAGGAAGGGAAGUGAGGGACAGAAGGAGGGAGUAAGGAGGGGCGACGCAGCGACCUAGGCAAGAGAUUACCGGAGCCGAACGCUGGUGGACGGGCGGGCGGCGCGAAGUCCUGGCGCACCUCGGCCAUCAUCGAGGCCACCACCGCCGCCUGCCGGUGCAACAAGGCAAAGGAGGAUCUCCUGGUUUGCUCCGUCGCCAACUCCAUGUUCACGGUCGUGGUUCUAAUCCCUCUCUUGCCACUCCAAUGUUUCCAGGGGACCUUCCACUGUUUUGAUUUAUUGUAUACGUGCAGUUCAUCUCCCAGUCGCUGGCUAGAUGUGCCUAUAUCUGUCAUCGUUUUUGUCAAUCAGAUAACCUAUCAGUAGGAAAUUAUUUUCCUUCACUCUGCAAGACCACAUAACCAAUUUACUAUCAGCGGUCUAUACGAUUAAUUUCUAACUUUGCGGGAUCAUUCUGACUCGGCAUCUGUCACACUCUAACAAGCGUUGGUCUUUAAUUUCCUACACUAUAUUGUGCUACAAAAUUUAAUCUGUGUGUAUGAGUACUAAUAAUUUGGGUUAUUUCGUUUUGUUGAAAUGAUGAUAAAAUUGAGUUAAGCGAGUUGGAGCUACUGCACCCCUAGCCCGAGUGGAAUGAGCUCAUGGAGCGCCUCGAAGGCAGGCAGCAUCGACUGUGUCAAGCAAGCUGUAGCAGGCCUGCACGACUCCUUGCUGAUCACUUGACAGUCCAAGCUUGCAAUAGUGUCGAUUCAGGUAGCUGUGUGGCAUGGCCGAAUCCUGCCCGAUCAGGGCCAACCAAUGGACAUGUUGUAUGCAUCGAUCUCCCAAUCCAACAGGCAAUACAUGUCUGCAAAUUGUCCUGAAAAAAGUCAUUCGAUAAGAAAGAAACUCAGGAAAAUAUGGUGGUUCUACGUCACUAGGAAAAUCAGAGGAGACUACCCAAUCUAUAAUGACAGGUGGUGGUAGACACCUGGUAUUUCUGCAUUGAUGAAAUGUCUUUUGUGGAACUCAAAAAAUGGAGAGAGUUUAGAAAAAAUAAAUUUGAAUGGAGAUUAAUACUGGUUUAUUUUGUGCAGAAUAGUAGUGAUGCAUUCUCUUCCGACAGGCUCCAAAUGAUGGUUAUUCUGCAGGAUUGGGAGAUGGAUGUAAUGUCCUUGUCCGUGCCAUUUGCUUUUGUGGGAAGAAAAAUGUUGAGUGUUGUUUUCAAUGGUGGAUGUGACAUCCGACGAUUGCCGAGGAAGAAAGGUGCGGGGGAGAGAAUCAAUUUGUGGUUUAUGAAUGGAAACCUUGUGUCAACAUGUUUGAUAUGUUUGCUUAUUACUCAAUGGUUGCAUUGGCAAAUGGGGCCUCAACAAUCUCUUGUGCCAUUUGAACUUUAAGUUGAUUAUCGAUGAAGCAAGAUAUUCUAGAUUUAUCGAAUCCUAUUUUUUUUUCAUCAGAACGAUAUGGUUGUCUGUACAAACUACGUCAUAAGCUUCUUUGGGUAGCUUUUUACGGUGUUUCCAUCUUUUAAUUUAUCAGCAACUCCAUCAAAGUACCAACCUCAGAGUUGAAAGUAAGGGCUGCAGAUUUUUCACGGAUCAAAUAGGAAUCACUACCACUGUACUGGCCUAACUUACGUACUAAUGCCUACAUCAACCGCCUGGAAGAAGUUCUGGGUA